AUGGUCGACUGGACAUCCCCCGCAGAGAUCGCCAAGGACGCAGCCGCCUUCGACAGGCUCAUGCACGCCCUCUUGGGCCUGUACAUGUGGGAGUACGCCAUCUCUAUCGACUUCGACUGGCAGUAUCUCUCCGGGAAGAAGACAUUCCGUUGGCCAUUGCUCUUCUACUUCCUGAACCGCUACUGUCUUCUGUUCGCGUUGAUUGGAAUUGCGAUCGCCCUGAACGUCACGGAGGAGAUUAACUGUCAAGGACUGUACACGUUCAACCAGUGCUUUGGGAAUGCCGCCAUCGGUCUUGCAAGCAUCAAUCUGUCCCUUAGAACGAUGGCCGUGUGGUCACGGAAGUGGUACAUCGUCGCUCCUCUCGUUCUCGUCAUCAUGGGGCAUUGGUCAUUACUCUUGCACGGCAUCCUGCUUAAAGCGGCGUGGGUCCCAGAGCAAGGUUGUAUUAUUACCCAGACAAACUCCAAGAUGCUCGCCGCCACGUUUAUCUACACGAUGGUGUUCGACUUCACUGUCCUUUCUCUGACGGCCUUCAAGCUCCUGUACCCCAAGACUGGCCGUUCAAAGCUUGUCGAACUCAUAUUCAACGAUGGAUUGAUCUAUUUCGCCAUUGCUUUCCUCGCCAACCUGAUCGCCACGAUAUUUAUGCUCCUCGACCUCAAUCCCGUCAUGUCAAUCAUCGCGAAUGUACCAGCCGCUAUUGCAUCAACGAUUGUUGCGUGCCGGAUUGUGCGACGUCUGAGUAGCUUCACGUCUAAAGGCCCUGAAAUGUUCCCAACCUCGACCCAAGGUUCUACUAUUGCCUUCCGCUCGAACAUGUCCCAUGGACUACGUCCAAAACUUUCUACCAAAGUUUCGACUGCCAAAUCGGAGGGUGUUCACGUCCAGAUGGAGACCUUCGAAUCCCCAACCGACAAGAGCGCAUAUAUGGAGUAUGACGCUGCAGGACAGCUAGCCAAGUCCGACAGCUACGACCCAGAAGCACAGGCCAUCAGCGGCGAGUUCAAGAGGCCCCCCUACUAG